GCACUAGCUUGGGUUCUUUUUUUCUCUGCACAAUAUUACAACGAAAACGCACGAUACGUGAUAAAAAGGUGAUGUUAGACGAUGAAAGAAUAGGAAUACAGGGCGCUUGGAGGGUCCUCGCGUGUUGAUUUUGACCCUUCCAUACAUGAUAUGUUGUAGUUCGGUGGAAAUAAAACACCGCGAUCCUGAAGCUGAUAAUCGUCCCGGCCUGGAGGUGAAUCCACGACGACUGAUGAGCGACGUCCGACUUUGAGGACGCAGUGAACGUAUUUUGCGUUUUUGCAGUCCGUCGCCAGCACCAUCGUCGAGUGGUUCAGUCCAUAUUUGUUUCACAUGAAUAAGUAAGCUCCUACCCCUCCUGCUUCCUGUGAAUCAUCAUUUCAUCGUCGGGACGAAAUCUACUUUUCGAACCAUGAAGAUGCGGACCACGCGGCUACUUACGACCCGCAUUUUCUUCACCGGCACCUGUUUAUUUACUGAUUCGAGCCGCGCUCGUGUGGGCAAGAAGCCGCGCUCGUGUGGUCAUGCUGGCGAGCAGCUGGCAUCAACAUCUUCCCUAGAUGAAGUUGUUGUACCCGGCGAACAAGACUUCUCCUACACCAGUCGUGCAGCAGCUGAACUACAACAGGGGCAGACUUUUGCAGAGGAUGCUGCGAUGAAGCCUGGAGGACGAGGGCAGAUCCUCGUCGACGUGGACGCGCUCGCACAGACGAGUGCAACGCAGGGCUCUGUCGCGAAGCUCGACUCGUGGGCCGUGCCGGAUGAAAAAUCUGGGGUCGACGUCGACGCGGGGGAAAGGAGCGCGGCCAGUUUCACGCAGAAGCAUGUCGACUUGCGGUCAUGGCUCCCUACUUAUUGGGGCUCCAUUCGCAAGUUGCAGGUGACCCUCAAGGUUGGGCAGUAUCUCGCUUGCAAGUGCUCGAUAGCCUCGGCCGAUGAGUCAGCAACCAGUUGGAUUUACUAUCAACUGCAAACAUCGAUCUGGGUCUCUCUGGAAACUUGUGAUGCUGACCCACGACCGUAGAUGAUUGAAAUUAUAAUCCUUCCCAAUUAUGCAGCCAAGCAUGACAAAAUUGCGGAACUACACUUUCUCAUGCACAGUCCGCAUGAUGAGAAACUCAAACUGCGCUUGUUUAUGACAAGAAAAGAGGGCGUCUUUCUAUUGGUCACGGAAAGAUACAGAUUUUACUGGAACGCAGGACUACUAGCAUGACAAGUUCCGUCCUUCCAGAUUCAGAUCGAUAGUUGCAAUGCAUAAAAUCAACCAACCCAUACGGAUCACCGGUGCACCUCCCCUCUCCCGUCCUGCUUCACCUUUUCUGGGAAAGAUGUAUUACGUGCCGUGGAAUUCGCCACUGUCCAUCAGGGCCCGCUUAUCAUUUGUAAAAACGUCAUCCCCACACCAGAGUCAAAAUGGGAAAUCUGCUAGACAAAUCAGCCAGCUUUGGUCGUUUGGUAUGACAAGUUUUCCCUCGUAGUGUGGCCCUGUUCUUUCGCUAGUUCAGAAGCAUCACAGAUCUAGCAUGUCGUGCUGAUUGUAGCGUCACAAAUCUCUCCAAAACACGACUAGAAAUAAAUGCCUCUCAUGGCGCUCCGCGUGACAAACUUUUUUGGCAUGCAGAUUUGCAUGACAACUCUGGGGUGUGGGCCCCGUUUUUACUCAGGAUACCGCUUGGCCUCUGCCCCGCAGUUUCCCCUGGACUACACCUUGGGGACGACACAUCUACGUGGGGACGACGACACCUACGUGGGGACCGCUACGUUGCGAGCGAACAGGUUUGGAUUUCAACAGCCUGAAGACGCCGACGGUUCGCUGCUCGGUCCCGAUGACCUGUUCAACGAGAACUCGGCCGAGGCAACUGGUAGUACUCCGGAAGUUUUAUUCCCUGUCAGUGCGGAGGAUCAAGAUUUAGCAGUCGCACAACCGAUAUGCAUUGCAAAUAUGUCUGGGUCUGGAAACUUGUGAUGCAAGUCCGUGUAAGUGCUCUGUAUCUGUAAUGCGCCGCCAAGCAUGACAAAUUUUUUUUUUUUCGUGCUUCUGUGAUGCGUAUUUCGCAUGAGAAACUGCGCUUUUGCAUGACAGGCAAGAGGACCUCUGGGUGGCCGCGCAAUACAGAGUGCAGAGUCAUGCCAGACUAGCACGACCACAAUCUUCCAGACCCAGACAUUUUUGCAUUUGAUAACCGAACGGGAAACUGACCGGGCGGCGUGGACGCUGGGCCUCCAAGUCGAACGCCGAUCCGUUUCUGCUGAAGUUCACCCCUGUAUGAGAGUGCGGAAGAUCUCCCCCUCCCCCGGAUUUGUAUGGCAUGAACAGCAGUAAAAACACCAGUACGCGUGGAGCCUGUGCAUGAGCAUGGGAAAAUCAUGCGCCUAGUGUUUGUAGUACUGUUUAUGUGGGCUCGUUCCGGAAUCGGUCAUGCAGACAGUGCCACAGGGCAGCAGUUGGAUUUGGGGUUUUGCAUGACAAAGGAGGAGGAGGGGGUGUUGUGCACUCUCAUACCCGAAUCUGGACGUUCCCGCUUCGGAAUACUCGGAAAUGAGAGUGAAUCGAUUAUGCAAGAAAAAAACUAUGUGAGUGUACUAAGUCUGUGAUGCAGAGGACGAGGCAAGACACUUACAUCUGUCAUGCUGGACAUGCGUCAGAGGCUCUUUUCGUGGGUGUUUUCACGUACUAAGUACGCAUGACAGGUUUUCUGUGUCAUGCAGAGCAAACUUGUGAUGCUGUUCGUCCAAGAAAGUUGCACUAACACAGUUGUUUUCCUGGAUAUCGAUGGAGUCAUGCACGGGAUCGGUCACUGCCCGACAGCGUGGAGGCCCUCGUUCUCCACAUGCCGGAAUUUUUUAAGCGCAACUGCGAGCAUAUCACACAGAAAAAAACGGGCAGGUCACAUUUGUACUUAAAUGCAAAAAUAAACUCACAAAAAGAUCUGUAUUGCAUAUCCGAAACAGCAUGCUACGGGGCCACCCGUGACAGAUUUUUUUGUGUAUUUAUUUUUGCAUUACAAAUACCAGCCAUGCUCCGGCUAACGCCGGAGCGCACGGCUGUUGUGCUGGGGUGUGACUAUUUGCUGAUCGGACCGCGACGUAAAAGCUUUGGGGGCAGCGUGACAGGCCGAGGGAAGUACUUCCGCAUGACGGCUUGCGCCAUGUCAACCCGCAUGGGCCCCUGCGCGCUUCCCGCGCCUUUAGGCGCUAUGCGCAGGGAGCAACUGCAGGGAAGCUUGGGGGCGAAGGGGAGCCGCCGCGACGUAGGUGCCGAAGCAAAACGGGGACCGCGCAGCCCUUUGUUGAUCACUCUCCCGCGCCCGCCCAUCUGAUUCCCAGGCGGAAUCUGUGGGCGCGGGGGUGGUGCGAGAGGAUCGAUGGCGCGAGAGGGUGGCGCGAGAGGGUGGCGCGAGAGGGUGGCGCGAGAGGGUGACGCGAGAGGGUGGCGCGAGAGGGUGCGCGAGAGGGUGCGCGAGAGGGUGGCGCGAGAGGGUGGCGCGAGAGGGUGCGGGCCGACGCAUGAAAAAGCCCCAAAAGAAUCGACCCUGCGCCGGGCGGAUUCGGCUUCUUUUAACCCUCUCGCAGACCCUCUUUUUCACCUCUCCGAGAGGUGUUGCUAACAAUCCGGCUAUACUCGCCGGUAGAGGUCUUCAGAGGUGGCCGAGAGGUGGCCCAGAGGGUGCGCGAGAGGUUCGCCCUUAUUCGCGCAACCUCUCGGCACCUCUGUCCCCCUCUCGCUUACCCUCUCGGGACCCUCUCGGCCACCUCCGGGCCCCAUAGGCGCGGCUUUAGGGCGAGUCCUUCGGCGGGCUAUACUCGCGCACCCUCUCGGCCACCCUCUCGAAUGACCUCCCGCGCCACCUCUCCACCUCUGUCGACCUCUUUUUGACCUCUGUUGACCUCUUUUUUACCUCUCGGCCACCUCCCUUCGACCCUCUGUAGACUUCUUUUUUCGCAUGAAUAUAAUAGAUAGUAAUGCCCUGCCAGCUUUUUUCUGUGUGAUAGAGCAAACUUGCUACGCCUAUUUUCACGAUGACGUGAAUGCUCUCCCUGAAGAACAAGCAAAUCAAGCGGAGGAAGACCCCCGGGCAAGCAGCAAGGACAGAAUGGUGCGCACGAUUUUGGCUGUUCUGCCCGAAGUCGUGCGGUACACCGAAAACGAGGACAAAGCUGCGGCGCCGGGAUCUGUCGUCAAACUCGGCUUCUCGUCCGAUGUCGAGAAAUCCGGCGUGUGACCGGCGAGGACCGGCGGUCGCUUGUAUAAUCCGAAUACUGGUGUACUACAACACAGUCUGACAAGAGCAUGAGCAAAGUACUCAGCUCCUUGCACUUCUUCAGUUUUUGACUUGAUCAUCAUCAAUAACGCCCUAGCUUUGGUCUUUCACAAUACGUCGAAUUUUUAUACGCGCUAAAGGUAAUAAUUGUAAUUGAAUUUCACCUUCAACACUGAGAAGAUCAUUUACUGAUUUCUGCAUUAUUUUUCAAUACUAAUGCGGGUUUUCAAAACUCCGCAGUGUUCGAACCUGCUGCAGGACCCGGAUCUGCUACAGUUUGCAGAAAACUGGCACCGUGCUUGUUGCGCGCAUGCCAGUAAAGGUUGUGUAUGUUUAGCGUCUGUAUGUGAAAACGUGAUUCUGAACAGCAAUCGCACUAAGCGUGCCUCAUGAUCGACAGUUUUGAUGCAGGUCGCAGUUGUUGUGAUCGAGCAGGAGGAUGAGAUGUAUUAAACCACGAUAGUGAGUAGACUUUGGAG